GGGAGUGGACACACACACAUGCUCAGUCAGCAUUUGUGACACAAGUGCUGGCUCCAUUGAGCUCUGAGUGGACUCAGUCACUGUUGUGUGUCAGCAGGUAUGCCACAGAGAAAAAGGAGUUUUACUUUUGGAGCCUAUGGAGGGGUUGACAAGACUUUCUCCAAGGCUAGAAGCAUAUGGAAACAUGAUGGGAGUGACCCCAGAAUCUGUGCUCCACUAGAGCCUCAGCUGUUCCAGCCCAAGCUCCCCUACAGUGCAGUGCCAUCCCAAAAGACUGCAGAUUUAUUUGAAAUGAUUGAAAAGAUGCAGGGGAACAGGAUGGAUGAGCAGAGAUGUACCUUUCCACCUCCACUCAAGACAGAGGAGGACUACAUUCCCUACCCUAGUGUCCAUGAGGUUUUGGGUAGGAAAAGACCCUUUCCUCUCAUCCUUCUGCCACAAUUUGGAGGUUACUGGAUUGAGGGAACAAAUCAUGAGCUGAGUGACACGCUGGACUUGGAGGAGCUGCAGACUUUGUCCCCAGACACCCGCACAAAGCUGGAAUGUAACACAACGGCAACGCUGUACCGUAAACACUUCCUCGCUAAGGAACACUUUAAUUACUAUUCAGUGGACAGUGCCCUUGGACAUCUGGUGUUCUCUUUAAAGUACGACGUGAUUGGUGACCAGGAGCAUCUCCGGCUAAUGCUUAGGACCAAACAAAAGACCUACCAUGAUGUGAUCCCCAUCUCCUGCCUAACUGAGUUUCCCAAUGUGGUCCAAAUGGCCAAGCUUGUCUAUGAGGAGGUCAACGUUGACCGCUUCUUCCCUGUGCUUUAUCCAAAAGCCUCCAGACUCAUUGUAACCUUUGAUGAGCACGUCAUAAGCAACAACUUCAAAUUUGGGGUCAUUUAUCAAAAGUUUGGCCAGACUUCAGAGGAAGAGUUAUUUGGCAACAGCCAAGAGAGUCCUGCCUUUGUAGAAUUCCUUGAGUUCCUUGGAGAGAAAAUUGAGCUCCACAACUUUAAAGGUUUCCGUGGAGGCUUGGAUGUGACUCACGGUCAGACUGGCACAGAAUCUGUCUUCUGCAACUACCGCAACAAAGAGGUCAUGUUCCAUGUGUCCACAAAGCUGCCUUACACCGAGGGGGACACUCAGCAGUUGCAGAGAAAGAGGCACAUCGGGAAUGACAUUGUGGCCAUUGUGUUCCAAGAAGAAAAUACUCCCUUUGUGCCAGAUAUGAUCGCCUCCAACUUCCUCCAUGCCUACGUUGUGGUCCAAGUGGUCGACCCUUGUUCUGACAAUGUUCUCUACAAGGUGUCAGUGACAGCACGGGAUGACGUACCUUUCUUCGGCCCCGCCCUUCCUAAUCCAGCUGUCUUUAAAAAAGGUCGUGAAUUCCAUGAAUUCCUUUUCACUAAGCUCAUCAAUGCAGAAUAUUCCUGUUAUAAAGCUGAAAAGUUUGCCAAAUUAGAGGAGCGAACGCGGUCGGCCUUGUUAGAAACACUGUACGAGGAGCUCCAUGUGAACAGCCAGGCCAUGAUGGGUGUUGGCGGAGAUGAGGACAAGCUGGAGAACGGCAGUGGAGGAGGAGGGGGCUUCUUUGAGUCCUUUAAGCGGGUGAUACGCAGCAGGAGCCAGUCUAUGGAUGCCGUGGGUCUUACUUUCAAGAAACCGCACACAGUGUCCACUAGCCUCAGCAGCAACUUUAACCACAGCACACGUGCAGAGAGCCCCAAAUUCCCAGGGAUAUCAUUGCUUGUCCCAGGCAAAAGUCCCAGUAAAUAUGGACGUCGAGGCAGUGCCAUAGGAAUAGGAACAGUAGAAGAGUCUUUGAUUAUUCCAGGGAAAAGCCCCACCAGGAAAAAGUCUGGUCCUUUCAGCUCAAGGCGAAGCAGUGCCAUCGGAAUUGAAAACAUCCAGGAAGUGCAGGAGAAAAGCAGAGAGAACUCUCCCAACACACAAAAGACCCCUGACAGCGGCCAUGUCUCCCAAGACCAGAAGUCGGACAACUCGUCCAAUCAGAGCUCUCCCGAGGCGCUCACCACUGCAAAGAACAGUUCUUAUCUCUAUGGCAGGGCUCCAUCGAUCCCUGAAGGUCACGACCUCUCUCGCUCCUCCUCCAACGCCAGCAGCUUCGCCAGCGUUGUUGAGGAGAAUGAAAAUGAGGCGGCGGAGGACUAUGACACAGGCAUGGAGAGUCUGUCAUCUGCGGGGACGCCACACAAGCGCGACUCCUUUACCUAUAGCACUUGGCUGGAGGACAGCAUCAGCAGCAACAGCACCAACAGUCGUGGUAGCUCCCCAGGUCCUAGUAAAACGGAGCGAGGGAAGGGAACAGACAUUCGCAUCAAAUUGGAGCGACCUAACGAUCGUCAGUCCUCAUCGCAUUCCCACAAGUCACAGUCCCUUUGGGAGAUGAGACAGGUGCAGGGGUUCGCCAUGACCAAUGCCGAGAACGAAGAAGAAGAACAGUAGUUGCCGCAGGUAUAGCCUCACCAGUCAGCUGCUCCAAGAUGGCCGGAGCGCAGUGCAUCAAGACACCCAGUGGAUGACGCACCAAGAGGGCCCAGCUUUUGCACAGUGAUAUGUCCUGCGCUCUAUUCUUUUCCUCUUCACACGUUUGUUACUGACAUCCUAAAACUCACAUUGUUGUACCUACACAACCACAAUAGUUUGAUGUGUAAAAGAAUGUUGUUAGGUUUGUCAUAUUGAGUGUGUGGACUACACAGGGUUAAGAGGAUGCCAUUGAGCUCUUCGUAAAAAUGAUGUUGCAAAGUUUUACUGGUUAUUCCACAUACACAAUGCCAACUUUGUUUUCCAGCACAAUACCCAAGGUGAGAUUGACUUUCUGAGUAGUGUUUCUACGUUUUCCUUCUCAUCUCUUCAGUAAUAGCAUAUAUAAUAAAUGUAUCACAAAUCAAAUGAAAUGGCCUUAAACGGAUAUUUUGUUGACCAUCCUCAUCUCAUGGACUCAAAGCUCCUCCAGCCAAUAAUGGGAAGACAGUAUUCCAAGUAAAUCAGUUGUGAAACUAAUGUAUUCACAACCCUAUUCAUCGCUGUUUAUAUGUGCUGUUUAUGUAGGGAAACCUCCACCUUUGACUUAUUUUUGUGCUUGUCUAUCUUGACUGUUACCGUGAGACCACUUUCUAUUUAAUGUGCUAUUUUGCUUGUCUUUCUAUGUUUUUAUUUAUUGAUUUGAUUCCUUUUGGAGUGACUUUAAUGGCGUACAUGUUCAUUUGCACCAUGAUGGCAAUGUCCAGCAUUGGACUGUGUUUCUUGGGAGUGAAUUAUGUUUUUAAUUGUGAAACUCUCCAGGGGUCAACUCUUUCAGUGCAGUAAAUGUACGAUGAAACAAUAAAACUGAACAUUUCAGUUGAAAACAUUGCUUCAAAUUCAACUACUGAUUAUGUAAAUAUACCGUAUAUUUUGUUGCCGUGUAUAAUGGUAUAACGGCCAUGAUUAAAAACAGGUUUGACAAAAGGAUUACAAAAAAUUGCCAAGUCAACAAUUUAUUCAUUUCAGUUGCUUACCUCUGAAUACUAUUUUCAAAGGUUUUUUGACCAUAAUGACAAUAUUUCUAAUCAUAAAGAUAUAUUCCAACUAUUCUGCAAAAGGGAAAAUCUGUAUUUUAUCCAGAUCAUUACAGAUGCCUUAUCACAAACUGGGUGUAGUGAAGAAAACAGGUAAUAUCAAGCAGCAUUUAAUAUUAAAUGAAUGUUCUGUUGUUGUUUUUAUUGUAAAUAAAUGCU